GUGGAGCCCGCCGCCGGAGCUCCUGGGAACGUUUCGCCCUAUCUGCGUUCUUGGCACGGCCGCCGCAGUCGUUGGUGCGCUCCUGCUCGAGGGCUUUACGCGCCGUGGAACUCCGCUUCAACUGACCCCGUUCCGGUAGGAAGGCCACCGAGCCGGGAAGAUGAUGCCUCCGGAGCCGCUGCGAUCGGCCAUGACCGCCGGGUGCGCGGAGGACACGUCGCUCGCGCUGCCAAGCGACAACAAGCUGCGCUCGGGACAUCAGCGCGUGAUGGAUCAGGUUCACACCAUCAAGAGGAGCAAGUCCAAACAGGGCAGGAACGGCCCGCUGUCGCCCUCACCUACAACACUGGCUCCACAGCAUUUAUCAACGUACACCGAGUUUGGAACGUUCAAGUUUACUCCGGCCAAAUCGAACGGUUACUACAGCCGCAGCGGCUCCUCCGCCUACAGCAAAUCGGGAAAUAGUCAGAAGAGUCGCACUUUGUCCCUUAAAACCGCGGGAGCGAGAAAUUACAGCACUUCAGCCACAUGGGACCAACAAAUCAACACUGCGUCCAGGUCCCUGGGCCUCAACGGGCUGAAAUCCAGCCGCAGCGACCCUGCCCUGGCUCCCCCGUUCACUCCGGCCCCUGUUCCUGGACCGGUGAUGCGGGCCAAAGGGCAGACGGUCCAGAGCCAAAGCGUCUUUCAGAGUCAGUCUAGGGUCAAUAGACACAGCACCUAUUCCAUGACGGACGGCAACAUCCAGCAGGCGACCAGCCAGACACGCAUCAUGAGGCCCCCGUCCACUCUGUCCACCAACGAGGGGAAGAUGGGCACCAUCAAGACGUCCAAGAUAGAGCAGAAAUCAGCCGUGAACGUCUCAGCCGGCGUGUCGGACCUGACUCUGAAGGAGGCGGUGGACUACCUGUCCAACCCGGAGGAGAAGUACCAGCAGUGCGGCGCCACCUUCAUCCAACACUCCACCUACAGUGACGACAGCACCAAACCCGAGGUCUUUCAGCUGGGCGGGAUUCCCGCGCUGGUGACUCUGCUGCGGAGCUCCAGCCCGGGCGUGAGCCAGGCGGCCGCCGGGGCCCUCCGGAACCUGGUCUUCAAGGACCACCACAACAAGCUGGAGGUGCAGCACUGCGGCGGCGUGGCCAAGGCCCUGCAGCUGCUGAAGGAGACCGACUCCACCGAGACCCAGAAGCAGAUCACCGGCCUGCUGUGGAAUUUGUCCUCCGCCGACGAGCUGAAGGAGGAACUCAUCGCCACGGCGCUGCCGGCCCUGACCGAGAACGUGGUGGUUCCCUUCACCUCCUGGUCGGAGAGCGCCACCAACAACCACAUCGACCCGCAGGUCUUCUACUGCGCCACGGGAUGUCUGAGGAACCUGAGCAGCGGCCAUCGGAGCGAGAGGCAGGCGAUGAGAAGCUGUCCCGGACUCGUCGACGCCCUCAUGAGUUACGUCCAGUCCUGUGUGGCCGAGGAAAACCCCGACGACAAGUCUGUGGAGAACUGCGCCUGCAUCCUUCACAACCUGACCUUCCAGCUGGAAGACGAGUCUCCUCUCAGCUUCAGCGACAUCAAUCCACAAAACGCUGCCCCAGCCGGGAACGCCAAGAACUCCACAGUCGGCUGUUUCAGCCCCAAAAGCAGCAAGGCUCAAAAGGAGUUUUCCUAUGACGUUGCUCGAGCGCUGCCAAAGAUCGACAGCCCGUCGGGGGUGAAGUGGCUGUGCCACCCUAAAGCGAUGGAGACCUACCUGUCCCUGCUGGGCUCCUCCCAGAAAGACGCCACGCUGGAGGCCUGCUGUGGCGCCCUGCAGAACCUCACUGCCAGCAAGGGCCUGGGAUCCAGCGCCGUGAGCCAGUUCUUGGUCCAGAAGUUUAAAGCCCCACUUCAGAUGGCCUCCUUGCUGAAGUCGUCAAACCCGACCCUGCAGAAGACGGCCAUUUCCCUGCUGAGCAACAUGUCGCGCACCAACGGCCUGCAGAAAGCCAUGUCCAAGCAGAUCGUCCCCGAGCUCGCCAGCCUGCUCUCCUCCGGCCCCGGAAAGAUGCCGGACGCCACUGUGGCCACGGCGUGCAACACGGCGCGCAAGCUGAUCCUGGCCGACCCCGAGGUCGGCAAGAAGGUCAUCACCAGCGACCUGAUCUAUUCCCUGGUCGACCUCAGCGAGAACAAAUCUUCUCCCAAAGCGAGCACAGGAGCUGCGACGCUGCUCUACAGCUUAUGGGGAGACAAGAACAUCCAAGGCAUCAUAAAAAAGCUCGGGAUUGACAAGUCGGUGUUUGUCAACGACGCCACGACGGCGGCGCACCAGUCGGUGCAGGUCAUAGACUGAGCGGGGAGGACCGGCACGGCGCCCUCAGAGAUGGAACCUGGCGUGUUUAGACACUGCUGCCGCCACGCCCGGUGGCCGGAAUGACAGUCUGCGUUAAUUACAACACUGAAAGAGCCCUUCAGUUAUGACUCGCGUUGCACAGACUGCAGCAGAAACAACAAAAAGAACUUUGAAUUUCCUGAAUAAUCCUGCGGUGUGUCUAUUUAAUCUGGAAUUGUCUCUGUUAAUGUAAAUAAGUAGGUGAGUGUGUUUGUUGUAGGUGAAGAGUGUGUGUGUGUGUGUGUGUGUGUAUGUGUGUGUGUGUGUGUUUGUUCAUUCAGCCAUGAUAUGCCAGGCAGAGCGGACAGACAGUGUUAUCUGCGGUAAAAUGUUACCUGCACUGAUUAUUUGGAGUCCUGGACGCCAUUACUGCCCCGUGUGUCCGAAUACAGAGUAAAACAUCUCCACUGGCCCGAAGAACCGAUUCAGACAGAAAUCACAGUAAAGAGGAGUUUAAAAGAGAAUGGAGCUGAGAUAUUGUUACUGUUUGAUGAAAAUAGUAUAAAAUAAUUUGUUGAAGAUGAUUUUAAUGCUGAAUGACUGUAUGUUUAGGGUGGAUUAAGAAAAAAAAGGAGGAAGCAGACUCUCAGUGUGUGAGGUUAACAGAGAAGUUCUGCAUUUAUGAUGUAUUUUGUACAGAAAGCAAAUGAAACUAACUUAAAGAAUAGUUUAGCCUUUUUUUUGGGGAUGUGCUUACUUGCUUGGCUUCUGCACGCUGAGCGCCUGGCUCCAGGCUGGAGUCGGUUAAUGUUGCACAAACAGUGGAUUAUUCCAUAAAAGAGCAGCGUGCACCGCCUCCUCCAGACGCAGCUUAAUAAUAUCAACACUGCAUUUUAUUUUAUCCUGUCGGAACAGAGGCAGCAACUUUAGUUUUGAAGAUUUUAUACGACUAGUAAAUCCAUAAAAUAAGCACAAUUUUUAAUCUUUACACAUUUUUCUAUUAUUCUUCCCAGCAACCUGUGGCUGCCUGCAGUUUUAUUUUUACUGGACAGAUGUAAAGAUUAUAUCCAUUCUCAUGGAGAUCUUGAUGAUGGCAGAUAAGCAUAAACCCAAUAUUCAGUAUUAAACUAUUCUUUGAAAAUGUCAAAAUGCAACUUUCUAACAAAGCCUUUUUAGACUUUUUACAGAUGUUACCUGUUGUUUUUGCUGUUCUUCUUCUUUUGUGUUAUAAUUGUGAUUUUCCCUCAUGGAACUGAUAAAUUGGAGACUUAAAAGAAAAAAGACACGUUACAACCGGCACAGUGAUGUGAAGAAACCUUGGAUUGACUUUAACUCAGAGCAGUUUGCUUCGCUUUGUGAUUUCAAGAACUCUUUGAUCAGAUUGAACCAGAGUAAUGAAGAUGUCAGUUUGUUGGUCUCAGGUGGGAGGAGAUGCACAUUCCGAUGUUUUUUUUUUUUUUUUUUUUAAUUUAACUGGUGUACCUGCAACGCUUUAAUAUCUGCAUGUUUCAUCUGCUCUUGGGGAAGUCACAAAACAGCAUUUAUAUUUAAAAAGAGCUUCAGUCAUCCUGCUUGUCAUUUUCUUCUUGAAGAUCGAACAUUAGAAUAACAAUAAAUCACUCUGCGGUUUCCCACGGCCCCCCCGGGUACAAGGCAGCUGACCGUUUUUAUGUGAUGCUGGGAUUAUUUUCCCUCGGGGAGGAUUGAUGUCAGUAUUGCUUAGAAUGUAAAAUUGACUGGCGCGUAUUCAGAAACUUCCCUGUCUUAGGAAAAAAAAAAACAAAACCAAAGUGAAUCCAUUGAUAAAUCUGUAAGUGGUGGUCUUCUUUCUCUUUACCGGCUGAUUCAAUGUGCAUUUGUGACGCUUGCACAAUAAAAGAGACGCUGAGUGACA